CUGAAUGAACAUUUUAUUUUUUGUAUAUUUAAUUAUUAAUUAAAUAUUUAAGCUAUUAUAUAUAAGUUUAAAUAUAAAUAUAAUAAUAUGUAUUAUAAAGCGGUAUUUGUGAUUGAUUGCUGAACAUACAGAACAUACUCAGUGCACAAAUAUCUCAAAAUGUCGGAAGCUGCUGAUGAUCCGAUAAUUAAAAUUGAACCACAAGAAUAUCCAAUCGAAGACAUUAAACCAGAAAUUGAGGAAGACCCUGAAUCGUGUUCAGAGGAUGACAAAACAUGUCUAAACAGAUUUAUGAACUCUAUAGUGAAAAUAGAAGAAAAUGUUGAACAGGAAUUAAUUCAGACUGCUCCUUAUAAAUGUGAUAAGUGUCAUAGAACAUUUAGAAAGUUACAUUAUUUAGAACAGCAUAUGAUAAAUUAUUGUCAUAAGUGUCCAGAUGCAAGUGCAUUAGAAAUACAUAUAAAAUCUCAUACAGGUGAAAAAUAUUUCACAUGCACAAAGUGCAGUAAAGCAUUUACUGAAAAAUAUCAUUUAGAUCAACACAUUUGUGCUCGCGCCAGAGAACAAAUUUCACAUUUGAAUGAAUCUGGUAAUCGAAAACAAAAUAUUCGCACUCAUACAGCAAAGGGACCAGGUAAGCGUCCCCAUAUUUGCCAAAUUUGUGACAAGACAUUCAGACAAUCGAGUAACUUGAAUCAACAUAUGCUAAUACACACUGGGGUACGUCCCCAUAUUUGCAAAAUAUGUGAUAAGACAUUCACAGAAUCGCGUAACUUGAAACAUCAUAUGCUCAUUCACACUGGUGAACGGCCACAUAUUUGCAAAAUAUGUAAAAAAGCAUUCACACUAUCGCGUAACUUGAAUCAACAUAUGCUAAUACACACUGGGGUACGUCCCCAUAUUUGCAAAAUAUGUGAUAAGACAUUCACACAUUCGAGUAACUUGAAUCGACAUAUGCUAAUACACACUGGGGUACGUCCCCAUAUUUGCAAAAUAUGUGAUAAGACAUUCAAAGAAUCGCAUAACUUGAAACAUCAUAUGCUCAUUCAUACUGGUGAACGGCCACAUAUUUGCAAAAUAUGUAAAAAAGCAUUCACACUAUCGCAUAACUUGAAUCAACAUAUGCUAAUUCACACUGGUGAUCAUCCCCAUAUUUGCAAAAUAUGUGAUAAGACAUUCACACAAUCGCAUAACUUGAAACAUCAUAUGCUCAUUCACACUGGUGAACGGCCACAUAUUUGCAAAAUAUGUAAAAAAGCAUUCACACUAUCGCAUAACUUGAAUCAACAUAUGCUAAUUCACACUGGUGAACGGCCACAUAUUUGCAAAAUAUGUGAUAAGACAUUCACACAUUUGGUUACCUUAAAUAGACAUAUGCUCAUUCACACUGGUGAACGUGCUUAUAGUUGCCAAAUUUGUGAUAAAACAUUCAGACACUUGUGUAACUUGAAUAAACAUAUGCUUAUCCACACCAGAGAAUGCCCCUACAAAUGUAAAGUUUGUGAUAAGGAAUUCAAACGUUCAGAAGCCCUGAAAAGGCACAUGAAUGCUCAUACCAAUGAGUAAUUAGUAUUUACAAAAUUGGUAACAAAAUUACA